UCACUUUUUUCCCCUCCCAUUUCCCCCUACCUAACACCUAUAGAGUAGUUAUCACCAAGAAAUUCAUUUUUAUGUGAAUUCUGAUCUAUCAUCACUUUCAGAAGAGUCUUAGUUCUAAAACCAUGGGUGGUGACAACACUGAGAAGACUACCGUAAUGGUGCUAAAGGUUGAUCUUCAAUGCUCAAGCUGCUACAAGAAGGUCAAGAAAGUUCUUUGCAAAUUCCCUCAAAUUCGAGAUCAGGUGUACGAUGAGAAGGCCAAUACUAUCACCAUUACUGUAUUGUGUUGCAAUCCUGAAAAAAUUCGUGACAAAUUGUGUUGCAAAGGAGGGGGAGUGAUCAAGAGUAUCGAGAUCAAAGAGCCUCCAAAGCCUAAGGCUCCCGAGAAGCCCAAAGAGCCCGAGAAGCCCAAAGAGCCCGCAAAACCUAAAGAGCCAGAGAAACCUAAGGAGCCCGAGAAGCCCAAGCAGCCCGAAAAGCCUAAAGAACCAGAAAAGCCCAAGCAGCCUGAAAACCCCAAAGAGCCCGUGAAGUCUACGGAACCCGAGAAGCCGAAAGAACCGGAAAAACCAAAAGAACUCGCGAAACCUAAGGAAUCUGAGAAGCCCAAAGAGCCAGAAAAGCCCAAACAGCCCGAGAAGCCCAAAGAGCCAGAAAAGCCCAAACAGCCUGAAAAGCCCAAGGAACCCGAGAAGCCCAAACAACCUGAAAAGCCCAAAGAACCUGAGAAGCCCAAGGAAGCUCCUAAACCCGCACCGGUAGCUCCACCACCACAACCACAAGCACAACCACCACCUCCGUAUGCGCCAGAGCCAGUGAUAGUGAUGCCAAUACAAGGAUACCCGCAACCACCCCCUCCCGGAUAUGGUUGUUGUGGGCAAUGUUACGAAGGCUAUCACGGAGGCCCAUGUUAUCAUUGGUAUGGAAGACCAGUACAACCCGCACCACCAUCGGGCCCAUGCUACGAUAUAUAUUCGUAUGGUUACGGGCCCGGGCCUGUUCCAUAUGGACUGCCAAGAGGCUGCUAUGUAAGCAAAUGCAAUGAAUAUUUCAGUGAAGAGAAUGCAGCUGGAUGCUCAAUUAUGUAAACAUGACAAGAGAGUGGGCCCAUUCUGUGGGCCAUUGUCUGGGCCCAUGUCACCUUUUAAUUGGGCUCUUAUCCAUCUGUCUACCUUUUAGCAUGUUAUUAUCAUAGAUACAAAAAACAAUGCAUAAGGCCUACUUUUAAUAGAAAAGUUUAUAGAGAAAAUAAUUUGGUGACCAGAUGACUGGUUUACUGUCUUGUUAUAUAAUUCGUUAAAUAUUUUUAUAAUAAAAACACUUUGUUAAUCA